AGAUCGGAUCGUUCACGGCUCCAGGGGCACCUCGACGCCAGUAUAAAAGAAUCAUUCCAGUGAGCACAGCGUCAAGUUGAAGUUAAUAAAAUGAGAUGCAUAACGCUGUUGACGUUUUUGAUGUUAGCCAUCCUGGCCAUUAGCGCGGAGGCUGGCAAGGUUACCAUCAACGGCGCCUGUAUAGACUGCAACCGACCCGAUGCACCGACAACGACAACGCGCAGGCCGACAUCAGCAAAUAGCGGACGACGACGUGGACGCCCGACGACGCCCAAGCCGAAGAACACCAAAACUAAGGAUGACAGCGAUGAGGAUGACUGGGGUAACUUUAAUCUGUUUCAGGAUGAGCGUGGAGGACAGCACAUAACGGCGGCAAGGCGCCACAAACGACAAUGGGGCCACCGUCAGGUGAUAAUCACAGAUCCGGGCACUGGCAUUGGUGGCGGUGGCGGUGGCUGGUCUGGUCAUGUUACCACAAUCGAUUCACGUGGACGUCCCGGCACCGUAUUGCACAACGAUGAUUGCGUUGGCUGCAACAUAAAUGGCUAGGAAGCGUGUCAGUUUAUAUUCAAUUGCUGGCUAAUAAACGAGCUUCUGUGCUCCCCACUUGCAAUAUUA